UCCCCUUUUAAACAGAUUGCUCUUCUUCUUUCUUUUUUGUAUUUUGUUCUUUUUUUUCUUCUUCUUCCUUGGUCUUGCACUAGAAUUUGCCGCGGGUUUAUCAUUACAGUUACCAGUAAUUGUCGCCAUGUCCGAGCCUCUUGUCCAGUUUAGCAUCGAUAGACCAUUUGGGGUCUAUUUAUUUGAUCAUUUUGACAAGGUAUACACUGCCCUGAUGGGUGAAUCGGCGACCAAGUUCCGAUUCAUUGAAGGAUACACGCCUCUAUCCACUUUGCAAGAAGUGGUAGUGGGUGUGAUUACAUACUUUGUGGUGAUCUUUGGUGGCCAAUACAUGCUACGUCAAUUCAAGCCGAUCGCGUGUCAAUCGUUGUUUCGACUCCAUAAUUUAUUAUUGACGAUCGUCUCGGGGGCGUUGCUUGUAUUGCUGUUGGAACAGCUGAUCCCACAAUUGGCUCGUCAUGGAUUAUAUUAUACCAUCUGCUCUGCGCAUGCUUACACGCCUCAACUGGAAUUGAUCUAUUAUCUGAAUUACUUGGUCAAAUACUGGGAAUUGCUGGAUACGGUGUUUUUGGUCGUGAAGAAGAAGAAACUGGAAUUCUUGCAUUACUUCCAUCACAGUAUGACCAUGGCUCUGUGUUAUACCCAGCUUGCAGGCAGAACUACGGUGUCUUGGGUGCCUAUUGUCCUGAAUCUGACGGUUCAUGUUUUGAUGUAUUAUUAUUACUAUCGCACGGCGUCAGGGGCCAAGAUCUGGUGGAAGCGCUAUCUGACGACGAUGCAGAUCAUCCAAUUUGUGAUCGAUCUCAUUGUGAUUUACACUGUCAGUUACUCCUAUUACGCCUACACCUAUGCCACCCAUCUCCCCAAUUUUGGCACAUGUGCGGGCGAAGAAAGUGCGGCGGCCUUUGGUAGUGCCAUCCUUACCUCUUACCUAUUCCUCUUCAUCAACUUUUACCGGGUCACUUACAGCAAGAAGCAGCCCGUCGCUGACAAGCCCAAGAAGAUCUAGUACAUGCAUUGUUUUCUUUACUUUUUUCAUUGUUUUUAAUCCAUCUGUCUCGAGUUUAAUUUACAGUUACUUAUUAUUGAAUUUAAUUGCUUUACGUGCACG